AACAUCCCUAAUAUACAGAUAGAACAGACUUCAAAACGUAAAUUCGAUCCCGCAGAUACUCCGCUCAAGCCCGAAUUUGUUUUGCAGCCUGAAGUGACUCCGACCAGGUACUACUAUCCGAAAGAUUCACCCACCAAAGCCGGUUACAGCUAGGAUACGGCGCGCCGUUUCGAAGCUGGCUUCUGAGUCUUUGGGAUACAAAUAAAGUUGAUUUGUUGCCCCCGCAUCUCUUUUGCGGAGUUGAACCGCUUGAGCCCGGUAACUGUGAGUUCUCGAGGAUUGCAUUGCAUUUGGUGUAUCCUGAUACCUGUGUCGGUAUCCGUCAAACCGCCGCGCUUGUCAAUCGGUUCACUGAUAAAGAGAUAACCAAAUAUAGCCUGAAGUAAGCUAAACGGGCAACAGUAAUCAGAUGUUUUGACUUUCUGCGGUUAGGAUGACAAACCUCAGCCCAUUUGUGUACUGGUCACAGACCAAAAAUACCCUGCUGCUCAAAGUCGACCUCAAGGAUGCCAAGGGUGCCAUCGCGGAUUUUUCGCCGGUGUCAGUGAACUUUAGUGCCAACGGCUAUGGAGCCCGCGGGGUGAAUGCGUACAAGUUUCAACUGCACUUCUACUCCCUGAUAGACGAUGAGACUGCGAGCUUCGUGGUCAGCGACAACAAGAUCGAGCUGCAAAUCCGGAAACUUGAGCCUGCUUGGUGGCCCCGCCUAGUGGCCACUCCCCAGAAGCCGCACUGGCUGAAGAUAGACUUUGACCGCUGGCGGACGGAGGACGAUGCGGAACUGGAGGAGAAGCCGCGGGACGUUCGUGAGGACUACGAGCAGGAAUACGCCGAGCUUCAGAAGCGAGAGCUCGGCUACAUCAAGGAGAAAACGAAGAAGGUCUACAUGAUUUUCUACAACCUGGCUAUGUUCGUGGGCUACCUAUACAUGGUGGCUGUCAUGGGAGUACUCUACUAUCGCGAUGGCACCGAGAGUAUCGGCAAAAUGUACGCCAAUGUUGGGAAUGCAUUUAAGUUCGUCCAGUUGCUACAGUAUCUGGAGGUGAUGCACCCGCUCUUCGGCUACACCAAAGGUAGUCCAGUAGUGCCAUUCUUCCAGGUGUCCGGGCGCAACUUUAUCCUCUUUCUGAUGAUCGACAUGGAGCCACGCAUGCACGCCAAACCGGUGGUUUUCUAUGUUUUCGUCAUCUGGUCGCUAGUGGAGCUGGUGCGCUACCCUUUCUAUUUGGCUCAGCUGCUGGGCCGGGAGGUGGGUCUGCUGACCUGGCUGCGCUACACGAUAUGGAUCCCGCUGUAUCCCAUGGGUAUCCUAUGCGAAGGCAUCAUUAUACUACGGAAUAUUCCAUACAUCGAUGAGACUAAGCGCUUCACCGUGGAAAUGCCUAACACUUGGAACAUCACCUUUGACAUGGUGCUCUUCCUGAAAAUAUACCUUCUGCUGCUAAUCCUGCCUGGUAGCUACAUGGUUAUGUCCCACAUGGCCAAGUUGCGGGCCAAAAAGCUUGGACGGGGCCGCGCCAAGCGUCGGCAGCAGCACCUGCAUGCGGACUAGUCGACUCACUGCCGUACGACAGCAACGAGGUUCUUUUGUUUUCCUAUUUUCAUUCAAACUUAAGCAAAAAGUCCAAAGAUUAUCCAACAUACUAUUCAGAACUCUGACUUUCAUUAAACUUUUUCUUAAUAUUGCAAA